CGAGCCAGCCAACAAGGACGGCACACAACUCGCGCCGAAGCCGAGGCAGCAGCAGGCGCACACAUACGCGGGCGCUCGACGUCGGAAAUGGCCGCGGGAAAGUAGUGCGCAAAGUUCUACUGCUACCUUUUUUUCUUACCAGAAUUGACCGCCAAAAAGUGUCGAUCAGCUGUUCGCUGCUCCACUUGGAAAUGAUGCUUGAGUGUCGAAGAAUGACAACGUAGAAGUGUGGUUAGAUUGUCCAAAAAGGAACCGGGCAAAAUGGAAGCCGCCAGGAGCGGCCUCGUGGGUAUCCUUCCGUUCUAAAGCAUUCGCACGCAUAUAAAAGUGUAUAUAGAUCUGGAGGACAUAAGCUGCAAGGAUUCUAAGAGAGUGAGAGAGAAAGCGAUGGCCGGCGAUCGUGUAAGCACGAACAAUGAGAGCCGUGACGGCGGUGGCGGCGAGGACGAGGUGGAGGGGGUGGAGCCGCAUUCCAGAGUGGGCGGCAUUCCGGAAUGUGCUGCGGCGGCGGUGGUAGUGGCCAAGCCGAGCGUCGUCGACGGCCUGUGCCGCUAUGCCCAAGGCGCGACCAGCGGCGGCUUGUCCUUCCUCGAGGUCUGCCAGAUUCGGUUACAGCAAUCAUUUCCACAAAUCUCUACACCUCAGAGGUCUAGUCUCUGCGAAGACUCUAUUGAGCUCACAGCAGAAUGCCUGGCAGACGAUGUGAUUAGAUAUCUUCUGAAAGAAGACAUUUACCAGAUAUCCAGAGAUCCCAUCUCUCGCAGCAUGUGUCACAAUGUUUAUCAGAUGCUAAAUAAGCACAGCAUACUCUUUACAAGCAUGGUUAAUCGAUUGAAUGUCACACCAGAUACUGCAUAUGAAGCUUUCAUGGGGGUAGCUGAUGAAUUAUUUUUAUGUCAAGGCAUUACAUGGGCCAGAAUUGUUUGUCUCUAUGCAUUCAUGGGCAGAUUGGCUUUAUGGGCAAGGGAUAGGCGCAUGCAUACUCUGAAAAAGAAACUACCCAAAUAUGUUGCCAGGUACAUAGGCGAAGAGAUUUCACAGUUUAUUAAGAUAUGUGGUGGCUGGGAGCAACUAUGUUUAGAAUAUCCAGUAGCAGAAGAGAUGAGUGGUACAGUUUGGAGAAGUCUCCUGAUGACUGGAGCUACUCUAGGCUUGGUAGCAACAAUUCUGUCAGUAACAUCUUGAUUUCUAAUGCAGAAUAAUUACGAUGAAACCAUCCAGUGAAGCUUUCAUCGUGUACUUACAUCCUGUGAUUUAAUGAUAACAAACAAAAAACAAAAAAGUUGAAAAAAGAAUCAUAUUGCACGCUUUUUAUCAACGAAGGACUAUUCAGUAUUCUCAGUAGAAAAAGAAAAAUCUCGCACUCGCUCAGACUAUAACCGAACGAUGUAAACGAUAAUUAUUGUUCGGCCAAGGUGUCUUACUUUAUUGUAUUUAGCACGGGGAUAUGUAACUUUUAUACGUGCGAGGUGUUUUUUUAUGAAACAUGGCAAUGCAAGUUCUCUAUUAAUAUAAUAACUUUAAAGAAAAACGCCAACUGCAUAAUCGUCUAGUUCAAUUCCUAAGAUAUUUGUAAAUGAACUGUUUCAAAGAUGUUCCUUGUCUUUUUAAAGGGAAAUUACAAAGAAAAAUACUCGAGAAAAAAUCAGUGUUUACACGUCUAUAUUCCAAAAAUGUUUGAGCUACUUUACAUUUAGGUAGGAACUGUCUAUUUUAUAUUUAUUUAUAAUUUAUUUUAGGUAGAUAAUAAAAUAAUUAAUUAUGCUCUCUAAAGAGCGAAAUCUAUAAAAUUAAUACAUUUUUUCAUUCAUUGUAAUGUAUUUUGGUCGUAUAUUUGCGACUGCAACAAAAAAAGUUACUAUGCUGUUUUAUUGCCACUGACGAAUUUAUAAGCGGUUUUCUAAAUAAAAAGUUAUCGGAGUAUCGGAUGUCAGACGUGUGCCAUGGUAAAAAUAAAUAAUUAAAUGAUUUGUUAUUGUAAAGAUAAUAUAGCAAAUUUAUAUAUUUUACCAUUGCUCGUAUUUCACAUAAUUUCCAAACACCUAUAUAUUAAACAAAUAGUUUUUUCACCUUGACAAUUUUGGUACACGUUCGAUAUUUGUUCAAUGUCUUAUUAUUUAGUAAAUCCAUAAUCGGUAUAUAUUUUUUUCAUACUUGUAUAAGAUUUUGCAUGAAUUAUUGGUAAUAAUAAAUACUCAUCAUGUAAUAAUACUCUUUUCACUAUCCUUAUAAUGAUCCUUACCAUGUUAUGGUUAUGCGGCGAUAAAGUCAAGGCCUUGGAUUUACUAGCAAAUUUAUAGUUUAGAAGAAUGGGAUAUCAAAU